GCCUACAUUGCCACAUUUCCUAUGGACGUCUAUCGAAAUUCUUAGGGCUUCGUAGGCGAGUGAGCACGGGAAGAAGGCGAGGAAAAAUUAGGAGUCGAGGUUGACAUGGAGAGCUUCCCCGUCUACUUUCAGCAGGAUUCUCCGCUUCUUUCGCAGUCGCAGAUUCGGCAGCAGCAACUGCCGCCUCAGCCACAACCACCGCAGCCGCCGCCGACGAUGUCCGAUACAAAAGAAGCACCAGAGGGGACCGUAGCUACUCUUCUGGUUCGGCAUUUACCGGAGGGAAUCCCCGAUGAUAUGCUCUCGCGCCUGUUCUCUCACUAUGGAGCAGCCUCAGUUCGGCCUUGCGCAGGUGGGAGUUUACGAAAUUGUGCCUUCGUGGAUUUUAAAGAUGAAGCUUUAGCAUCUCAGGCGCAUUUGCAGCUUAACCGAUUGAGAUUUCUAGGAAAGGUGCUGACAGUUGAUCGUGCUGAUAAGGCUACUUCAAAAAACAUGAACCCCAAAAGUGUAGGACUGUCUUUGAAGGAUGCUUCUGGUACAUCCAUGCUAACAACUAAAGAUGCUUUUGUUCAUCCCAAAAGCAUGAAAUUUGGUGGUGAGCCAAUAGCUCCAAGACUUGGUGUUGAUUACCCCUUCCCUCCACAUCUCGAGUAUGCAUAUCCCCCACCAGACGGAAAUAUACUGACCAAUAUUGUCAAUGCCCUCAUUGCUGUCCCCCAUUUUUAUACGCAGGUUUUGCACUUGAUGAACAAAAUGAAUCUUCCUGCUCCAUUUCGUAUGGCACUUCCUACCCCACCCUUACCUCCUCCAGUACCUGCUCCGCCGCCUCCACCACCCCCAUUUACACCAAAGCCUCAAUCGGUUGAUCUCUCAAGCAGUGAAUCUGAAUUGGAGUCAUCAGAGGAGGAUGCUGAUGAUGGCCAUGCUCAUAAACGGGCUAAAAGGGAGGCCAUUGUUGGCCCUGCAGUUGAUAAAUGUGUAGAACAUGUAUCUGUAGGACUGAAACCUGCUGCAUUGGUUCCAAAAGAAGUUCCAGUGAUAAAGAAGAAAAACCCAGUGCUACAGAUAAAGAUCACUGCUAAGCCAGCACAAAAGGAUAUAGCCGAAGAUGACGUCAGGUUCAGUGAACCUACAGAGACUUCAAAUGCAGGAAAAUCCUAUUUAACCGCAGAGGAAAUAGGCAGAGGGAAGAUUCCACCGGAGGAAAUACUAUCACUUCCUAUGUUCAAGAACUACGCCACUGGGAACCCUGCCACUGUCCUUUACAUCAAGAACUUGGCAAAAGAUGUGGUGGUCGAUGAUUUCUACUUCAUAUUUGGUUCACUUUUUGAAAGUGUAGAGGCUACCAAGUCUAAUCUUAACAUCAAGCUGAUGCAGGAGGGUCGAAUGAGGGGUCAAGCUUUUGUGACAUUUCCAACUAUUGAUCUUGCACAGUGUGCCUUGAAUUUAGUGAAUGGAUAUCUGUUUAAAGGCAAACCAAUUAUUAUCCAGUUUGGCCGAAGUCCUGUCAAAACAAGCUUAGAUUGAAUUGUCUGCAAAUGGUGGCAUACUGGCAUAUUAACAUUGUUUGUGCGCUCAGCCACAUCAGAAAUUUGAUUUUGGAGAAGUAUGGCAAACAUUUUUGGAAGGACACACCAAAGAUGGAAGUUUUCAAUGUCUGCGUGCUUGAUCAAAGGUAAAGAUUUGUUGAACGUUAAAUAGUUUUGGAUGUGUAGCUGUACCAUGUGGAAAUGUUGUCUUGUACAUAUACAUGUAUUUAUGAAAGGAAAAGCAAACAUGAUGAGUUCUACUUCUUGUUUGGUUUCAUAAAACUGCUAAAGCUGCCAUUGAUCUCUCUUAGAGCUAAAGGCAUAGGAAAUUGUACUGAUGAUGAGGAUUGAGGAAGAAGCCAUUUUUCUAUUUGUGCUCACUUUCUAUAAGAAAAUCUGCAUUG